AUGAGCCUGUUCCAUUCCCCACUGGUGCUCCUAUUACUCUUCAGCGCUCCCUUUGGAGAACCAGCUGACAGCUAUUUCCCGCUUAAGGACUCCUGGCAUACAGGGGAACUUUCCAAAAACAUUGCCAAGCCAAGCCACUGGGCUGAUGCCAUCCCAUGUCCACAAAGGAAGUCCACACCACCUUUUCUGGGCAAGCGGCAGGAGCAGCAGCAGCAGAGACAGCAAGGGAUGCCUCCAGGGAAGAGCAGAGUUGUCUCCGUCCCACAGGGGGCCUUGCUGGUGGAACGGGAAAAUGACCUCUCCACCUACAACUGGAACUCCUUCGGUUUAAGAUAUGGCAAGAGACAAGCGUUGCAAGCAAAGGAGAAACUAUGA